CAGGAGGUCUGGGGAGGCAACCCAGUGCUUAGCUUUUCUCAAGCACUUUCAUCAUCACAACGACCUUGAAGGCGCGAACAUGCAUUCGGCCUUAACUCCAAGGCCGCUACCGACGGUCUUGCUUGUGUCGCUCGUUCCAGUAGCGGGAUGGUUUGUCUUGAGACCUCUACUGGACCCAGUCCCACCCCUUCCCGGACUCUACACGUCAGUCGGGCUGUCCAUAUAUGCGUUUUUGGCUGCGCUCUACAUGAUACCUGCUCUCGGUCCGACCUUUAUCAAGGCAAACUUGAAAGGAAGAGACCUUCUCAAGACCUACUCUGACCCAAUUCCAGAGUCCCAAGGGCUGGUUUGCGCGUCCAUCUACAUUAUUCUCCUCAUCAUCUUUAUCCCUUUCCCAUUUGCCAGGACUGUUGCAAGUCUAUCACAUGCAGAAGCCAAUGGGGACAGUUCUAGGGGCUCAGAGCCGUUGCAUCAUCAACUAGCAGUUUACUUGUCGUCGUUGUUAUCUCUUAUGAUGGCCACCAUGCUAGGAUUCUUGGAUGAUGUCUUUGAUAUUCGUUGGCGACACAAACUCCCGAUUCCCCUCAUUGCAUCUAUACCUCUUCUAAUGGUAUAUUUUGCCGAAAGUGGCAACACUCACGUAGUCGUUCCCUUACCUCUCCGUGGUCUCUUUGGUGUUCUCCUCAACUUGGGGCCAUUAUACUAUCUAUACAUGUCUCUCCUUUCUACCUUUACCACGAACAGCAUCAAUAUCCUAGCCGGGAUCAAUGGCUCGGAAGUCAGCCAAGCUCUGAUCAUAGCCAUUUCUGUGAUCAUAAAUGACUUGCUCUACCUUCCGUGGCCCGUGGACUUCCGGAUACCUCUUCACCUGUUGGGCAAUAAAGCCGAGGUUGAUAUCGGGGGAGAAUGGCAUGCCGGGAUGGCGUACGGAAGUCAGGAAUUAGUGUCCCGGCACGUCUUCAGCCUAUAUUUCAUGCUCCCUCUCGUCGGUGUUUGUCUAGGCUUCAUGUACCAUAACUGGUACCCAGCGCGUGCUUUCCCGGGCGACACUUUCUGUUAUGUAGCCGGGAUGGCCUUUUCGGUCGUCGGGAUACAGGCCCACUUCUCCAAGACCCUCCUGCUUUUCUUCCUUCCUCAGAUUUUCAACUUCGUUCUAUCAUGCCCUCAGUUGUUUGGUCUCGUUCCGAAUCCGAGGCAUCGCGUACCACGAUUCGACGCGGACACCAAUAAACUUUAUCCUUCGAAGACGAUGUUCCUCAGACCUCCGUCACGAUUGACGACCCUCGUCUUACGUAUCUUAUCUGUACUCCGUCUCACGGAGCUCACGAUAAACUCAACGACUGGAGUCAUUCACGAGUGCACUAAUUUGACUAUACUGAAUUUCUUCCUCGUGAACCUGGGUCCCUUGCACGAAAAGAGACUAGUGCAGGUGUUGAUGUGUACACAGGUCGCAGGUAGCGUUCUCGCCUUCGUUGUCCGUUAUGGCCUGGCAGGCUUGGUAUACGACGGCGACCGCCGGUGAGCGUGGUCGACCUCGGGGCCACACAGGAUACUGCAUGAGCAGGUCGUUGGCAAAGUCCGUGUAUCGCCGACCUGUUCGAGGUCAUCACACGAUCAUGCGUAUACGGAACAAUUUGUACAUUCCAUACAGUAGACAAGCGGUCAUAAUGGAUCUCGGAGGGGGUUAGAGCGUAAUCACGCUCAUUUGACCCGCCUC